AUGAGACUACCAUCCCUAUUGCAGACUAGUCGCCAAUAUUGCUCCAAUAAACUCCUCUCUCUCCCAAAACUGGCUUCCCCUGCCUCCCUGCCCCACGCGGCCUGCUCCACUAUCGCCACUAAUCGCCGGCACUGCCGCUACCACCACUACUACCACUAUCACCAUCACCACCACUACCACCGGAAGAUUGUGGUGAUAAUGGGCGCAACUGGGUCCGGUAAAUCCCGGCUCUCAAUCGACCUCGCGACCCGGUUCUUCCCCUCAGAGAUCAUCAACUCCGACAAAAUCCAGGUUUACCGUGGUCUCAACAUCACCACCAACAAGAUCCCAAUGCCCGACCGCCGCGGCGUUCCCCACCACCUCCUUGGUGAGGUCGACCCCUCUAUCCACCCGGAGUUCACACCUCUUCACUACCGGUCCGCCGCCGCCGAUGCCAUAUCCGGCGUCGCCAGCCGGCGGAAGCUCCCCCUUCUCGUCGGCGGGUCGAACUCUUUCAUCUACAGCCUACUAGCCAAACGGUUCGACCCGGAGUCGGAUGUCUUCCGGCCGUCGAAACCCGACCCGGUUUUCCCGGAGCUGAGGUACAACUGCUGCUUCCUCUGGGUCGACGUUGCCAUGCCCGUUCUGAAUCAGUAUUUGGAUAAACGGGUUGAUGACAUGCUGGAGCUGGGCAUGGUGGAAGAGCUAGCAGAAUAUUUUGCCUUGGAGGGGUUCCGCGAGUCGGACUCCACGGGUCGGGCUGGGUUGAGGAAGGCAAUCGGCGUUCCAGAGUUCGAGCCUUAUUUCAGGCGGUUCGGUAGCACGAUGCGGACGGAGGGGAAUAACUGGAGGCGGGAUCCGGUAGGGGGCAGUGUAUACGAGGAGGCAAUAAGGGCGAUAAAGGAGAACACGUGUGAGCUGGCGAAGAGGCAGGUAGGAAAGAUCGAACGGCUUAGGAGUGGUGGAUGGGAUAUGAGGCGAGUGGACGCCACGGAUGCUUUCAGGGCAGCGAUGGGCUUGGACGGCUCAGAUUCGGCUAGAGCGUCAGAUAUUUGGGAAAGGAUAGUGGUGGAACCAAGCGUGAAGGGCGUGAGGCGCUUCUUGGAGGAGUAG